CAGUGUCUGAGAGCAAGAUUGGCUAUGUAAACAGCAGCCAUUUGUAAAAUAGAGUGGCUUCCCCUGAAUCUCGUGCUAUAAGCUUAUAAAAAUAAAACUUAAACAAGAUGGCUGCUAUAGUAAAUGAGCAUGGUUGCAUCUGUUGGAAACAUUGCUAGUCUUCAUUUAUUACGGAAAAGUUUUAAUUCAAUUGUUUAAAAACAUUGGUCUAACAAGUAUUGAUUGUCCUACAUGAUGGAGUUGGUUGUAGACAAAAUUUCUCAGUUCCAACAGUUCUAUGACUGGGCUUUCUCAGUGGCAGAUGAGCGUGUGUCAGACUGGCCUCUGAUGUGGGGCUACACCCCCACACUAGCCAUCACUGCUGCCUAUCUGUUGGCUGUUUGGGUCUUGCCCAAGAUGAUGGAGAAAAGACCAGCCCUGCAGCUGAAAGUGCCCCUUAUCAUCUACAACUUUGUCUGUGUUAUCAUCAACUUCCACAUUUGCUCAGAGCUGCUUCUGUGUUCUACAGCCCUGGGCUACAGUUACUCCUGUCAGCCAGUCAGUUACACACAGGACCCACAUGAAAUGAGAAUAGCUAAAGCGCUGUGGUGGUUCUAUUUCUCUAAGUGCAUUGAGAUGCUGGACACCAUUUUUUUCAUUCUGAGAAAAAAAAACAACCAAGUCAGCUUCCUCCACGUCUACCAUCAUGCAACCAUGUUCCCCAUCUGGUAUAUUGGCGUCAAGUGGGUGGCCGGAGGGCAGUCAUUUUUUGGAGCUAUGAUUAACUCUUUCAUCCAUGUAAUCAUGUACACCUACUAUGGGGUAGCAGCUCUGGGACCAGAGUUUCAGAAAUAUUUGUGGUGGAAGCGGUACCUGACACGCCUGCAACUGCUUCAGUUUUUUGUGGGUCUGAUCUACUGCAGCCAUUCUAUUUACAUCCAAUGUGAUUACCCCCUGUGGAUGGAGUGGGCUGGCAUCCUAUACGGCAUUAGUAUCGUCAGUCUUUUCAUCAACUUUUAUGUGCAGGCCUACAUGAAACCAUCGCACAGACAGGACCACUUGUCUCAGCCGGCCAAGACCAGAGGGGAGAAAGGUCCCAAAACCAAUGGGCAUCUUAAUGGGCAUCACACUAAUGGAAUUUACAAUAAAAAGGACAAUUGAAUUUUCAUUUUGUUUAGCACACACUUUUAAAUAUAUUUGUUUUUAAAACCAAGUUUUUUGUAAAAUCAUCUUUUGUAACAUCAUUAGGUCAUCUGCUGUUAUUUAUUUGUUAUCUAUCAAUACUUGUGAUAUUUUCUACUAAUGAGCGCCAAGUUGAGAGGCCAUGAGUAUUAGAUUGAUGGAACUCAACUAGCAUGACAGCCAAAUCCUGUUGGAGGAGCAGAAAUAACAGCUGAUCUCAUUGCCAUCAAGCUUCCAUGUUGAACAAGUCUACAGAGAGAAACUUUGAAGGAAGAUGUUUAGAUUAGUUCAGUGUUCAAUGCUCAGAUUAUAGGAUCUAGCACAUAGGCCCAAGAAAAUGUUUUCAUGUGCACUUUUGUUUUGGAUACUUUAUGUACAAUAUUUUUCAAUAAAUAAUUU